AUGAUCCCGGCCGUCCCGGCGAUCGUGGACGACGCCGCCCAGAACGCGAACGCGCCGCUGCUUCCCGAGACCAACCUCAAGGGUCGCCGUCCUCCGGCACGGCAGAAGCGCCCGACGACCGUUCUCCCAGCCAUCGCGUGGACCGUGCUCCUUCUCGCGCUCGUCGGGCUCGUCGUCUAUCGACAAGGGCAUGGCGGCGGCCGGGCCGACACGAUAGGAGACGAGGUCGCGUCAGCGGGCCGCGCCGUGGAGGUGGCCGCCUCCCGCGGCGCCGUGCAAGGCGUGUCGGAGAAGUCCACCGCCUCGGCGCUCCUCGGCGGCGGCGCCUACGACUGGACCAACGCGAUGCUGGCGUGGCAGCGCACGGCGUUCCAUUUCCAGCCCCAGAAGAAUUGGAUGAACGAUCCCAACGGUCCACUGUAUUACAAGGGAUGGUAUCACCUCUUCUACCAGUGGAACCCGGACGGGGCGGUGUGGGGGAACAUCACGUGGGGCCAUGCCGUGUCGCGCGACCUCCUCCACUGGCUCCACCUGCCGCUGGCCAUGGUGCCCGACCACUGGUACGACAUCAACGGCGUCUGGACCGGCUCGGCGACGCAGCUCCCCGACGGCCGGAUCGUCAUGCUCUACACCGGCUCCACGGAGGACGGCGCGCAGGUGCAGCUCCUGGCGGAGCCGGCGGACCCGUCCGACCCGCUGCUGCGGCGCUGGGCCAAGUCGGAGGCGAACCCCGUGCUGGUGCCGCCGCCGGGCAUCGGGCUCACGGACUUCCGCGACCCGACGACGGCGUGGCUCAACCCGGCCGACAAGGCCUGGCGGAUCACCAUCGGGUCCAAGAACCAGGAGCACGCCGGGCUGGCGCUGGUGUACAGGACCGAGGACUUCCUGCACUACGACCUGCUGCCCACGCUGCUGCACGUCGUGCAGGGCACCGGGAUGUGGGAGUGCGUGGACUUCUACCCGGUGUCCACGGAGCCGGCCGCCGGCGUGGGGCUCGACACCUCCACCGCGCCGGGGGCCGGGGUGAAGCACGUGCUCAAGACCAGCCUCGACGACGACCGGAACGACUACUACGCGAUCGGCACCUACGACCCCGCGACCGACCGGUGGGCGCCGGACGACGCGGCGAUCGACGUCGGGAUCGGGCUCCGGUACGACUACGGCAAGUUCUACGCGUCCAAGACGUUCUACGACCCCGUGGGGCGGCGGCGCGUGCUGUGGGGGUGGAUCGGCGAGUCCGACAGCGAGCGCGCCGACAUCCUCAAGGGCUGGGCGUCCCUCCAGGUACCCGAGGACGGUUCUCAUGGACACCAAGACGGGCAGCAACCUGCUCCAAUGGCCGGUGGUGGAGGUGGAGAACCUCCGAAUGCGCGGCAAGCGCUUCGACGGCCUCGACCUGCAGCCCGGCUCCGUUGUGCCCCUGGGCGUCGGCAGAGCAACACAGUUGGACAUCGAGGCGGUCUUCCAGGUGCAGGCGGGCGCGGCGGCUGCCGGGGGCGUGGCGGCGGGGGCGGAAGCGCCGUACAACUGCAGCGCGAGCGCCGGCGCUGCGGGGCGGGGCUCGCUCGGCCCGUUCGGGCUGCUCGUGCUGGCCGACGACGGCCUGUCGGAGCAGACCGCCGUCUACUUCUACCUGGUCAAGGGCGCGGACGGCAAGCUCAGCACCCACUUCUGCCAAGACGCCUUCAGUCAUCGAAGGCCAACGAUCUCGUUAAGGCCGUCUACGGCAGCCUCGUCCCUGUGCUCGAUGGAGAAGAUCUGUCAGUGAGAAUACUGGUUGAUCAUUCCAUCGUGGAGAGCUUUGCUCAGGGCGGGAGGACAUGCAUAACGUCGCGCGUGUACCCUACAAAGGCAAUCUACGACUCUGCCAGAGUUUUCCUCUUCAACAACGCUACAAAUGUUAACGUCACCGCAAAAUCGAUCAAGAUCUGGGAGCUGAAUUCAGCCUACAUCCGUCCAUAUCCAGAUUCAUCAUAA